CGAUAGUCACACUAAAAACACGUCUUGCUCUGUUCGUUCGGUCAAGUAAACUGUUGCGCAACGGUGAUGGCAAUACAGUUCAAAAUUUAAAGCAAUUUAAAUUGUUGCUCUUGUUCAUAGUUAAAUCAUUAAUGUGUGGGCAAAUGUGCGAUGUGUGACCAUAUUUUGAGAUUAGAGUUAUUAUUGUUUAAUUUCUUUUAUAUCUAAAUCCGUCUAUUAGUAUCAUGUUCGAUGAACCAUAUACAAUUUGUAUACAUUGAACAGUAUAAAGCUUUAGUUAUUAUUUCACAAAUGUUUCCAAUUGACAGACAAAAUCAUUCAUGCGCUUAAAUUUAUUGUUUCUCUGUUUAUAAAAGACUUGCAUAUUAUAUUUCAAACAAAUAUGUUCAGCUCUUACAGUAAAUCCGGUUAGUAGUUUUUUAAAAAGCAUACGCUGGAAGCAAAUAAAUUAUAAUAAUUAUAUUAGUGCCCUAUUACGGAAUAUGAUAAGUUGUUUGUAGUGGCAUGCCAUUGAUAGUAAUAUUAUAACGAUAUCUAGAGCAAUACUUUCAGUUAGCUCGUUCUGGAGGAAAAUAAUUAAAAAUAAAUCAGGAAAUGUAAUUAACGAUUAGACAGAUAGGAAUAAUGAGUUCGUACAUUUCACAAUUAUUAUUUAUUACAUACAAAUAUAUAUAUAUAAAUAUAGUAUAUAUAUUUUGAAAUAUGAGCUGAAAUGUAAUAUGAACUGUCAAGAAGUACAUAAAAUAUAUCAUUCGUUGAAUAGUAUUUUACCAAACGGCCAACUAAUGUUAUUCUUGCGCUCUAUUUUACUGUUUGCCUUUAUUGAUAUAAUGAGUAUUACUGGCCAUUUUGAGUUUAAUAAUUUGCAGUGUUUGACGCAUGACAAGGAAUAUGUGGAAUUUGAAUAUUGUUAUUUGAAGUCCAUGAAUCGCACCUACAAAUACUGUUCGAUUAAAACUAUUCUGCAUCAGUUACCACUACGAAGCCUUAACGUAAAAUUUAAGGUUUUAAGGCGCGACACCCGAACCAUAUUUGGCAAAUACGAUGGUACCGUAAAUGUCUGCAAGUUCUUUAAAGAUGGCCGAAAUCCAGCAGCUCGGAUUAUAUUUAGUGUAUUUACAGCAUAUUCAAAUAUGAAUCACACAUGCCCCUUCAAUCACGAUUUAAUGGUGGAUAAGUUGCCAGUGCAUUAUGUGAAUAAAAUUAUAGCAUCAUAUGUUCCGGAUGGUCGAUAUUUCCUGAAUAUGUCCUGGUACACUGAAAAUAUUGCACUUGCUGAUGUUAUUGUAUACUUUACAAAAUCUUAGAUAAUUUCAAACUAUUGUUCCCGGUUUAUGGAAGUAAAUUCUUAUCUAUAUUUUAUGAAUUCAUUUAAUUAAAAAAAAAAAAUAAAAAUAA